CUCUCGCGGGUGCCACGUGUCCCACGUAAAAUAUCUCUUUGCUCCUUUUGAGGUGGUUUUAGCAUUAUCUCGAAAUAAGGCGUCGUGGCGGUUAAGCUUUGGAGCACAUUUUUGUUUAGUUUUGAGAUACAGAGUAGAGAGAAGCAGAGAAGAGGUGCACGAGAAUUAUGGCGGAGAUUCAGCGCAGUGACGAAGUUGUGUCGGUGGAGCUCCCAGCUCCUGCUUCCUGGAAGAAAUUGUACCUACCGAAAAGGGGUGGAACUCCAAGGAAAAAUGAGAUUGUAUUUGUUGCACCUACUGGGGAGGAGAUCAGCAGCCGCAAGCAAUUGGAGCAGUACCUAAAAUCCCACGAGGGGAAUCCUGCAAUAUCUGAAUUCGACUGGGGUACCGGUGAAACGCCAAGAAGAUCUGCUAGGAUCAGUGAGAAGGUGAAGUCAAGUCCUACAUCUUUGGAGAUCGAGCCACAAAUGAAACGUCGCAAAAGAUCAUCGAUAACUAAGAAAGAGAAAGAGGCAGAAGCUGGGAAAGAGGAAGCUGAGGGGACUGAAAUUGAUGGAAAGCCAGAUGCAGGAAAAGAAGCUGCGAAAGAGGAAGCUGAUGGAAAGCAAGAUGCUGAAAAAGAAGCUGAGGGGAUGGAAGUUGAUGGAAAGCAAGAUGCUGUAACUGAAGACAAGGCUGGUGAAGAUAAAGAAACCAAAGUCUGUAGUGAAGACAAACUGCAGGAGGAUAUGAAUGGGAAGGAUGAUGUGAAAGAUAAUGGCACUGGAGAAGGAGAAAAAGCUGAACACGAGAAGGUAUCUGAGAAUGUGAAGGAGCCUGUAUCUGUGGCUGCUCCACACGCAUCUUCUGAACUUACCACCCCGGAUAAGCCCAAUGAAAAUGAACUGGGAGCAACUGAUGGAGCUGAAACGCAGGUGGCCAAUGGGGGGCCCCACGUAUCUACUCAGGAAAUGAACGGGAUCCAGGAAGCCAGUAUCAAAACGAGCAUGCAGGAACAGGAGCAGGAGCAAGGUAAUAAUCUGAAAGCUGAGUCCAUGGAUAACAGCAAGGUGAACCAAUCGCCACAUCAUCCGUCUCCAACUCCCAUUAGUUGUUAAAUGUUGUUAAUGUAGAGCAUCUAAGUGUCGGGUACCUUUUUUCUGAUUUUGAAAAUACACCAAACUUGGAUGACUGUAAUCUUAAUGUAACUAGAUGCUGUUAGAGAUAGGAGGAGUUGGUUAUGUUUUACAUUUGACAUUCGUAGCUUUUGUGUAUUCUGGUGAUGUGGAUAUCAUGUUAUAUUAUGCCAUGCUGCUCCGGCCUGACUUCGCUGCCGCGGCUAUUAUGUUA